UGAAUGAACGUGUGCGGUAGUAAAAGCGUAAAACAUAGCAAAAAGCGGAAUUCGCAAAGCCAUUUUCUUGUUGGCCCCGCAUACAAGGCCAGGCUAAUUUUACAAACAAUUAAUGGCUUCCAGUACAAAAGACUAAAUCGUGUUGGUGACAGCUGCCUUUAGGGACGAUUAAAAGGGCUUCUUGGACCGGCGACACACAAUGGAAAUGGAUGGGUAAAAUAAAGGCAGCAAACGAGCAGUAGUAGCAGGAGAGUGGUGUGUGUUCGUGUGCGUACGCGUGUGAGGUGGUAGUGCGUGUAGUAGUACGAACGAGCGUGUGUGAGGUAAACGCAAAACGGUGAAGCGAACCAGGGAGGCAGCAAACACGCAAAAGAAGUCCCAAAUUGUGAAAAAGAAAACAAAAAGAGUGCCUAAAAUUGUGUUGGGUUGGGGGGAAAAAGAGUCAAGUGUAAAGUGAAGAUGGAAAAUGCGUGGUAAAUGAGAUAAGCGAUUGCAGCCCCACCGCUAGAGCCGGGCAUGUUAGUGCUACUGGUCCGAGGAGCAGAGGCAGAGCAGCACCCACCCAUAGCCACAGUCCUCCUGCCCCUGCCACAGCUCAAGCCCGAACAGCAGUAAUGAUGCUAGCCGCAGCCGGUAUGCCGGCCUACGAUGCCGGCAAGAUCAACAGCAACCCGAGCAAUGGGACAGGCGGUGGCACGGUGGGCACUCCCUCGGCCGUGGGUGCCUCGCGUCCCAGUGCUGCCAGUGCACUGAUGAAGACCCUAUCCGUGCGCCUGCAUCGCGGCACCGAAUUUAUCAAGGAUACCGUGCAGAAGGCCCUGGUCAUGUCAGCACCAGCACCUGCACCCGCACCCGUGGCCCCAGCCCCAGCCUCAGCCCCACCGCCACCACCAGUUGAAUCCGCAGUGCCACCGGCGAAGCCCUUAACGCUAACCAGCCAGACGCUCAAGCGGAAACUGGCCGGUGCGGGAGGGUUGAUGGGAUGCGGACCGAGUCGGAUUACAUCGAUCACCACCAGCUCGAGCAGUGGACGCUUCAUACUGGCGCAUGCCAACAGGAAGCCCGCUAGCCAGGUGCCGACGGAGGUGUUCCUCAAGGUAUACACGGUGGCACCCACUGAACUGCAUCGCUCGGCAGCGGCCCGCGUACGUAAUCCCAGCACUGAUAGCUUACUCAUGGAUCUGUGCCAGUUUAAGCCCAUCCGGCCCAUGCCCAUAACGCCAAUUAAAAUUAACAAAUUCCGCGGCUUUGAACUGAAGCGACCCAAAUUUGUGCCCGCCGUGAAUGACAGCGAAGACGAGGACGAGGAGGACGACGAGGAUGAUCCAGAGUCAAUCCAGAAACCAAAGCCUAGCUCCGUGACAUUGUUGCCGCAUAAGGGGUCGGCAUUCGUGCCGAUGCCCUAUAUAGAGAGCCCCAACACCACCGCCGCCAUCACCGCAAUCGCCACCAGGAGCAGAUCUCGCUCACACAACACUCACACCUCAGCCACUGGCGCCACAGACGAGCCCAAGCCAAAGCGUCGUCGUCGCGGUCCGCUGCUCACGGCCAGGCGACGUCGCACAAGAACGUCAGCAGCUGCAGCCGCCGCUGCUGCUUCAGGUGCGCCCUCACCAGUCAACACAUCAGUCUCGCCAGAAGAAGUGGCGCCCAAACCUGCAGCACCUGUCAAACGCAAGGCAACCACCAAGAGUGGAUCUGCCAAGCGCAGUCGUGCUGCAGCAGCUGCCAAUCCCACACCAGUCGCCGCCACAUCAACCUCGCCGGAAGAAGCAGCCAGAGCGCCUACCAAACGCAAAUCGUCAACGAAGAGGGAACCAGCGAAACGCAGCCGUGCCGCGGCUGCUGCAGCUGCCACUCCCACACCAGUCAGCACAUCCACCUCUACGGGAAGGGCUCCCCGUGCACCCGCCAAGCGCAAAUCAGCCUCAUCAAAGGGCCCAGCGAAACGCAGCUGUGGUGGCUUGUCUCCAGCACGCCCCUCGCCACCCAUGACGCGUCAACGCGCCCGUCAACAGAUCUCCGCCAGCAGCUGCCACAGUGGCAGCACUUAAAUUUCAUAUACAAUCAUCUCGGAUGUUCGUUCAGUGGAACGUAAUCCGAUGCGGCAGCAGCAGUGACAAUGGGAAAGGGUCUAGAAAACUUUCCAAGUUCGAAGUCUUUCGGUUCUAGUUACUGUUUAUGUUUGACUCGCGUUCCAAAGCGCCUAUUCGUGUGGCAUUGUUCUGGGAAAGUGGGAGUGUAAUGCAAACCCAUGGGUAAGGCAUAACCAUUAUGAAAUUAAUAUAUUUUCCAAGAGGGUUUUAUCCAUUAAACCGAUUUUCUUGGAAAAUAUCAAGCUAUGCCAUAGAAAGUGGAGACAUCCCGGCUUUACUUUGCCCACAUUCAAGAGAGAGAUCCAGGCUUUACUUUCCCCCAUUUUCACUUACUUUGGGUAGACACAAAAUUUUGACUUGGUCUUUAAGACUGAUAUAACAAAGAAUCCACUAACGAAUAUAUGAUACUGAUACUGAAACUGAUACUGACAUGUAUGCAAAAAACAAACAAACAAACAAAAAACUGAAGAUUCAAGAAUUUAUGUUUAGCCUCAGUCCUUAGCAAAACGAAGAAGUUUCAGCAGAAAAAGUAUUAAAUGUAUAAAGAAACAAAACCAUGUAAAAUGUAAGCCAUUCCUGAUAUUCAUAUUUCAAAAUGAUUGCGUGUUCUUUUGUGUAUUUUAUUUUGUUGUAACCAUGAAUAUGCUUAUUUUGUAUUUGUCCCAUGUACAAACAGAAAAAUUGCAAUGCUUUCGAUUCGAUUAUGCUCUACAUACGUUGGGCCUUUGAGGCACAAAAAAAGAUAUCGAGAAAGAGAGAAUUAUGAGAAAAUUAAGAACAGGUAGGAGAAGAGGAGAAGAUCAUGUAAACGCCACAACUACAAUUAAUUUUCCUACUUUAAUUAAGUUUGUUAGAAUUUAUAGCUUAGAAACGAAACAAAACUAAUUCAUUCAUAAAUCUAUAUUAUAUGAACAUAAAUACAUAAAUAUAUAAUAAUAACAUAAUACUACCUAAAUCUAUCUGUAAGAGCAGCAUAUGAAUAUAUUUAGAGGUCAAAUCAACUGUGUGUUGUGAUAUGAACUAAUUUAUAAUACCAAGCAAAAGACAACCAACAACCCAACCCAACCCAACCCGAAGCCCCCCCAAUGAUAGUUCAAUCAAUUUGCUUGAUCCCAGACAACACAGAUAUGUAGAUGCCCCACUCUCAGACACCCCAUUCAGAACAGAUGCAAAACACUAUGAUAUCAUUAAGAAGUAGUGCCACAAACAAAAUUCCAUAAUUAAAAUUU